CGCGCAUUCGCGAUAUGGCACGAUGGACCAGGUCCGCGCGCUGCUGGACGCGUAGAAGAGAGAGAACCGGUAGGUACAGGUGCCGCCUUUUACCGGAAGAGAGGAGCUGGCUCCCGUUAUCAGAUCUUACCGUCUAUCACACUGAAUAGCACAUUUGCUAUCAUAGGAAGCAAUGGCGACUUCUACCACAUACAGAUGCAGACCCACAAACUUUCCGCGGUUGGACACUAUCGAGCAGAACAACCAUACAUCAAUAGCAUCGAGGCAGACUUUACGAAGACAAUGGACCUAUCAUACCAACCCAGCCGCUGCACCAAAAGGGAAGACUGCACUUUUACGUUGUUACUCGCGCUUCAUUGCGGAUUUCACGGGCGAGUCAGAGGUCAGCUUCCAGUUCUUGCUUCGUGAGCACGUUGACCGGACCUCAAAUUCAAGUGUUGUGGAAGCGGAAUUCGACGACCGAAGCCAACAGCAGCACGAGAACGACAAGGACUCAGAAUGCUGCCUCGACGUGAAGGAAACCGAUCAGAGCCAAGGUCCUUUUGGCUUUGGUUUGGAAUUAUUAGCAGACCUAGAGCACAUGGACACGCUCAACCAUGCGCCCCAAUUGGAUUGCCCACUUGUGAUUCAAUACCAUGCCACUCUCCUCACAGUUGUGGUGUACUACGACAAAGAUCUGAUCGAUCAGGAUUACAUUGACGCAAUCUUCAAAGAACUCUUCAAUCGAUUAUCGUUAACGGCACCUGAAGGCACAGAAGAACUUCGGCUGUCUGUGCUGAACCAUCCACCUCAGUCGCAUCCAUCAUCCACCAGCCAGGGCGAGAAGCAGGAGAAGCCUGCCGACUUACUUCAUGCCGGAUUCCAGCUAUCCGCUUCGUCACAUCCGACGCGGCUUGCCCUACAAUUCUGUGACGGACGUUCUGAAGAUGCUGGCGACGAAGCAUUCACUUACGCAGAACUCGACAGUCUUACAACUGCACUCGCGAUCAAGCUCAGAAGACUCGUGCGAGCCUCCAGAAUCCCACCAGAACAGCAAAUCAUCAUCCCAGCGUACAUGGCAGGGUGUAUUGCGUUCUACGUAUCAUGGUUAGCUGUACUGAAGGCCGGCUACGCAUUCUGUCCUCUUCCAGUAGAUGCGCCAUCUGAGCAGCUGCGUGGCAUAGUAGAAGAGGUUGGUGCGUCAGUGGUUCUUUGCAACGGCCCUCAGCUUGGCGGCCGUCCAUGGGAUGCCUGGUACUGCGACGAUGACGAGCUUGCGACUUGUUACGAUGUCAAUGAGUUUAUCACGCGAUAUCGCAAAGGCUCACUCUCGCCUAUGCUACCUAAUGACACUCUACCACAGGUAUCUCCCUCGGACCUGGCCUAUGUAAUGUACACAAGUGGAUCAACUGGAAAGCCCAAAGGUGUCAAAAUUCACCAUUUGGCUGCUUCAUGUUCGAUCAUUUCGCACACCAAAUUUCUUCCGACAUCUUUCAUGCGAGACGGCUUCCGCUGGUUCCAAUUUGCGGCGCCCACAUUUGAUCCGUCAAUCAUGGAAAUCUUCGUAACGUGGUGGACUGGAGGAACUCUAUGCAGCGCGCCGAGGGACCAACUACUGACGGAUCCGGAACAAGCUGUGAACAAGCUGGCAGCCACAAUUAUGAUGGCAACCCCUAGCAUGGCGAGUGUCCUAAGGCCGGACAGAGUACCAACACUUCGCCAUCUCUGGACCAUGGGAGAGAAGUUGACCCCAAAGGUCAUCGAGAACUUCUCUUCCGACUCACCUUUAUGGUCAUCAGAAACCAGUCAUACUCCUCGCCUUCAGCGACACCGGCGACUACUCAAUGCAUAUGGACCGACGGAGGGAUCCAUCAAUUGUACUAUCGUUUCCAAUUUCUCGGCCUUUGAGCGAGGUUCUAUCAUUGGCAAGCCCAUCGACACCUGCUCUAUUCUCAUAAUCGAUCCAACGUCCAGGCAACCAAAGCCUGUGCCCAUGGGCUUUGCAGGCGAACUGGCAAUUGGUGGCCCCCAAGUCAGUCAAGGAUACCUCAACAGGCCUGAACAGACUGCUGCUGUUUUUGUGAGCAGUUCAGAGUACGGUCGAUUGUACCGGACGGGAGAUCGAGCCCGAGUCGUCAAGAAUAGCAAAGGCGAGCUGAGCGUUGAGUUCCUGGGCAGAAUCACCGCUGACCAGGUGAAGCUCAGCGGGAGGAGAGUGGAGCUUGGUCAGAUUGAGAAUGCUAUUGCUGGUGUUCCAGGAAUCGCAGAAGUGGCAGCGAUCGUGCACGGCCCUGGCUCUUCAGAUCAAGGCAGCCAGCAAGUACUCGCUUGUGUUGUGCCAGAUCAUUCUGUGACGCAUGAAGAUUUGGUGGCGGAUUGCCAGCGAGCUGCCGAAGUUGCUCUUGCACCAUUCAUGCGCCCUGCAAUGUACGUGGUGCUCGAAAACAUGCCACGAUCCAGGUCUGGUAAAACAGAUCGGAAAGCUCUGGGCGUAAUUGCAGGCAAGAGGUGGGCUGCCAGAGCCCAGGCCGACAGGAAAGACGAUGAGCUUGACCAUUCGAGGAACAGUGCAUCAGCAGAUCCUCUAAUGAAGACCAUUCUAACGAUCUUGAGCGAUAUCAGUAACAUCGAUGUUCGAGACAUACUUCCUACCACGGAGCUAUUAUCCCUUGGGCUGGACAGUCUUCGAGCAGUCCGCUUUCUGCAAAAGCUGAGAGACAGCGGUCUAACUGGGUUGAACGUCGCAGACGUUUUGAGCAGUCGAACUCCAGAGGGUAUCGCUAGUCGUGUUUCGACUGAAACUGGUGCCGACGCGGUAUCCGAGUCACAGACCAAUGAGUGGGAUCAGAGACUUGCACAAUACAGCUCCCGAAAUCUGGAACCAUGUGCUCACGAGCUCAGCAUUCCUCUCGAUGAGCUAGAAACGGUCCUGCCAACCACUGCCACCCAGUCUGGUAUGAUCACCAGCUUCUAUCGAAGUGUGUCAAGGCAGGGAGGUUCGCCAUCCAAAAAGAGCUAUAUCAAUCACUCGAUCUACCACGCAAGACCAGGAGCCGAUAUUUCCAAACUUGAGCAGGCUUGGCGCAGUGCUCUCUCUGGGCCACAGAUCUUCCGAACCGUUUUUCUGCCCGUGGAUGACGACUUGGCUCCUUUCGCACAAUGUGUUAUCUCACCGAAGUCCGACGUCGCUUCUUUGAGCAUCCACAGAUUUGUGUUUUCAGAUACGGAUGCCUGGAACACAACAAUAUCAGAGGCACAGAAGGAGGCAGAAUCUGCCAUCACGCUGAACCGGCCACCUUUCCGGCUCUCGAUCAUACAAGGACCCGAGCACUCAGCGUUUCUCUUGUCUUUGUUCCAUGGCGUCUUCGACGGCGGCUCACUCGAACUUAUAUUGCAAGAUGUCGAGACAGCAUAUUACAACAAACCACAACUCAGUCGCACUGAGAUCGGCAUCGCUGUCCACAAGCACUUCUCAUCGGCCACUCAAGCGAGUGUGGAUUACUGGCAAACUGAGUUCGGCAAUCAUGAUCCAGUGCCGUUUCCCUGCGUUUCUGCUUCAAAGCCUGAGACACAGAAUCAGGAUGUGCAGGUUGAAGAGGUCAUCGGCAAAGCCACAAUGGAAAAUAUCUCUGCCGCAGCAAAAGCUGCAUCUGUCUCUCCCCUCUCCAUCCUGCACGCUGCAUGGGCAGGAAUCUUAUUCUCAUACACGGGAACGACUUCAGAAAUCUCAUUCGGCAGUGUACUUUCCGAUCGCCUCGAGGAUCAGCUGAGUAUCUGCCAUGCUCCAACCUUUACUGUGACACCUGUCAAACUCGACCACACAGCUGUCAAACAGAAGACUCUCGCAGAUCUGCUCAAAACAUUGACAGAGAAGAACGCUGCAUCCCUACCUUACAUACAUGCCCCGCUCAGCUCUCUAACUACUGCAGAUGGCUCCCUACCUUACGACACGCUGCUCGCCUUUCAAGCAUUCGACACGGAGAGUGAAGAUGGCUCGAUCUGGCACAAAGUUGAACAUCCUGCAAUGGAACAUGACUUUGCGAUCAUGAUUGAGGUGUGGCCGACCUCCAGUGGAGCUUUACGCUUCCGCGGUACUUAUACUCAUCAGCAUCUCGAUCGACAGGCUGCACUUGCCAUGCUCAGUCAGCUUGACGAGCUCGUUGCAGGGAUCUGUGAUGAUGCUUCCGGAACUCUGCUGGACCUUCGUUGUAAUCUGAGCCAACGACUGAUGUCUGGAAUCCUGGUCAUCGACCAGCCCAACUUGCCGGAGUCGCAGCUUAUCUUGCAGAGUCGAUUCGAACAGCAUGCAGCCACAACACCAGAAAAGUCAGCUCUGGUCUUCCGGAAAUCUAUCGAUCAUCCGGAGAACGAUAUCGACUGGUCAUAUGGCAAGCUCUCAAGGAUGGCAACGGCUCUGGCUCAGACUCUCAUAACGAGAUUUGGCGCCGUCAUCAACGAACCUAUAAUGAUCUGUAUGGAGAAGUGUCCUGAGCUUUACAUUGCGGUACUCGCUGUACUAAAAGCUGGCGCUGGGUGGUGCCCAAUCGACCCAUACUCACCUCCGGCACGGCAGCACGCCAUCAUGGAGCGAACUGAAAGUCGAAUUCUUCUGCUUUCGGCCACAUCGUCCAAAGUCGAAAAAUCCGCGAUUCCCAAUGGCGUGUCGACGCUCGAGAUUGACCUUGAUGCGAUCGAAGCAGAACUCAUCUCAGGUUCAAACAUUGAACUCGGUGUCACACACGAUCCUUCCAGUCUUGCGUACUUGAUUUUCACAUCUGGUACUACUGGCCUGCCGAAAGGUGUCCCAAUCUCUCACAAAGCUGCCGCGACUGCGAUGAAUGCACUAGCAGAAGCCGUGCCAACAGAAACAUCAAGUGGCGACCUUCGAUGCAUGCAAUUCUCACAAUACACAUUCGACGUCUUCGUGCAGGAUCUGUUCUAUACCUGGAGUGUUGGCGGCGUUGUCAUUUCCAGCACCAGGCAACUCAUGCUGCAGAACUUUGCAGACAUAGCCAACGAUCUCAGGGCCACGCAUGCGCAUUUGACUCCCGCCUUCUCUGCUACACUUUCCCGCAGCAAUAUCAAGACGCUGGAAGUGGUCACUAUGAUUGGCGAGAAACUCACAGAAGCCGUUGCAGCUGACUGGGGCCGCGAUAUGCGAGCGUUCAAUACUUAUGGGCCAGCGGAAGUCACUGUGGUCUCAACACUGCGCAAAUUUACUGGUCAAGCAGAUACAUACCACAGCUCCAAUGUUGGUGUACCACUGCCGUCAGUCGGUGCCUAUGUCAUCGACAAUGGACAAAUCGCUAUGCGCAGCGCCAUCGGAGAACUUGCAUUGACCGGACCUCAACUGUCGACCGGGUACUGGAACAUGCCGGAUGUUAAUGCGAAGAAGUUCGUAUGGAACGAACAACUUCAGCAGCGGGUCUACCUCACUGGCGAUCUCGUGCGCCACUUGGCCGAUGGCACGAUCAAUUACGUUGGGCGAGACGAUGAUCUCGUCAAGCUUGGUGGGCAAAGAGUCGAGCUCGGUGAGAUUGCAUUUGCACUCAAAGAUGCUGACUCGCGAAUCGAGAGAUUUGAGGUCCUACUGUGCAAGCGCAAAGAGGCUGAAACCAGAUCGGUCGUUGCUUUCUUGGCUUGUCCUUCGAUUGCUGGUGCCGGUGAUGAGUACGAGGCCAUUCUUCACCCGCUUGCAAAGGAUGUUGCAGCUAGCGCGAAGCAGUAUGCAACUUCAGUGCUGCCGCCGUACAUGAUCCCCAGCAGCUUCGUCGUGGUCCCCAGGAUUCCGACAACGGCAUCAGCUAAAGUUGAUCGUGCCAAAUUGACGUCGAUCUACCAUUCCAUCGAUCUCAACUCAUGGGAAGACAAUACAGGUGCUUCCGCCACCACGACGGCGAAGGCGACAGACAUACAGUGGCGCUCUGAGAACGAGCAUGUGCUCCAAGUUAUUGCACAAGUUCUGCGCAUUCCCGCCGAAAGUCUAUGCCCCAACAGUAGCCUCGCAGCUAUUGGCAUAGACUCGAUCGGCGCCAUCAAGCUGAUUCCUAAGAUCAACGCCCUCGGAUAUGGCCUAUCUAUCGUAGAUGCAUUCAAGUGUCGAUCUUUGGAUGACCUUUGCACCAUUGCGAACGCCUCCAGACGCGCCGACUCGCCGUUAGCAAGUGAGCAGCCAGAACAGUACGUUGAGGCAGGCGUUCUCCAAAGCUUUGAUUCACGGCACUACCGAGCAGUUGCGAGACGCAUCCAACAAGACGAGUUCACUGUCGUCCCUACCACCGUAUUGCAAGAAAAUCUGCUGACAGAGUCGUUGAGAGAUCCGCAAGCUUAUUGGAGCAGUCACGUCUUCCGUCUCAAUGAGGAUGUUGAUCUUGCUCGCCUACAGCGCGCAUGGAUCAAAGUCGCAAGGCAGACUGAGGCGCUACGCGCAGGAUUCGUCCCCAAAGCUGAGCUUGGCGAAGAAUCGGACGAAACGCGAAAGGACAAUCUUUCGUACUUGCAGCUCAUUUAUGAUGAGCCGCACUUCGACUGGAAUGUCCAUGAGAUCUCCAGCGACGUCUCAGAAGCUGCGCGGAAGCGUGUCAAAGAGGUUGCUCAACAGAAACAUGAACAGCUAUUCCAGCAGCCGCCUUGGGCAGUCGACAUUUUUGUCAGAGGCGAGGAAAGAACGCUGCUGCUCACCAUUUCUCACAUCAUUUACGAUGGACCAUCUUUGGCGUAUCUGGAGAACGAUGUCAGAGCUGCGUACGAACGUACCCUCAAGACUGCUUCGAGAGCGUCCUUGUCUGAGGCAAUUUCGUCGAGUUCCGCUCUGGAUGCAGACAGCGAAACAGCUAUCGAUUUCUGGAAGAACAGUCUUCGGGACUUCGAAUUACCUACCGCGCAAAGCUUUGCAACUGAUAACAAGUUGAAUCAUCGAAUCAAGUUCCAAGGAUGCAGUACACCUAUGGAAAUUCUUCGCAAGGUCGCGUGCGGACUAGGCCUCAAUUCUGUUGUCACGAUUUUCCGCACUGCGUGGGCACUGCUCCUCUCCGAUCUUCUUGAGAGCCCGCACGUCGUGUUUGCGGAGAUCCUCUCGGAUAGAGUCAUGGACAGUAAGCUGGCUGAAGUUGUCGGACCGCUGAUGUCGACUGUGCCCGUGCUCUUCAGGCGACAGAAAACAGCUGCAGAAACCAUGGUACAACAGGACAACUUCUCUAGAUCAGCUUGGCCUCAUCGAAACAUUCGCCCGAGCACUAUCAAAUCGCUCAUGGGAUGUGGUCCAAGCACGAUGCUAUACCCUGCAGUUUUCGCUUUCCAUCCAUCUGCAACUAAGCAAGAUCAAGAGCACAAGGGACUGUGGAAGCGUCUCGAAGACAUCACCAACAUCGAGGUGGAGCACCCGCUAGCACUGAAUGUUUGGCAAGAAGCCGAUUCCACUCUGCAAUUUGAGCUUGCUGUGGCGGACCAUGUCCUCAGCGAAAAUGAACAUGACCUGCUACUGAGGCAGCUUGAAUCAAUGGUCACUGUUCUGGCUGAGAACUCGCACUUGCCAGUAGCUUCUCUGACAGAUGGCUUCCCCGAUGCCCUUAUUGCGCGGACAACACCUCGCAGGGAUACGGCAUGCCCUUCCACCAAGUCUGCAACAUUCUACGUAGAGCAUUGGGCUGCUCAGCAUCCAGACUGGAAGGCAGCCGAAAUUGUGACCACGUUGGAUCCUGACUGCACCGAGACGGAGUCGUGGAAUUACGCUGAAUUGAAUGCAGAAGCGAACCGCAUCGCACGUUUCCUUCUUGGUCAUGGUAUCAAGAAGCAGAUGAUCGGAAUGUGCAUCGGUCGAACGCUGAUGUCGCUGGCUGUUCCGCUUGGUAUCCUGAAAUCUGGAAAUGCUUAUCUGCCAAUUGAUGAAGCCUUGCCAGCGGAGCGCAAAGAGUUCUUACUUCAGGACAGCAACGCAGCAUUCAUCUUCACGACACUAGAACUCAUCGACGGAGUCCAGAUCCCACAGGCUUGCAAGCUUGCUAAUGUAGAGGACAAAGCAUUCCUAGAUGACCUUGCAAAGCAGCCUGGCGACGAUGUGCUUCAUCGUUGUGAACCUCGGGACAAUGCAUACUUGCUCUACACAUCUGGUAGUACCGGCAAACCAAAGGGCGUGCUCGUCAGUCAACAGAAUCUGGCAUCUUUUGUCGAGGCUCAGUCUGAAUUCAUUUGCGAUGUCACCACAACCAGAGAAUUAGCCGGCCGCGGCAAAUAUCUUGGGCUCGCGAGUCGCGCUUUCGAUGUGCACAUAGGCGAGAUGUUCCUGGCGUGGCGACACGGAUUUGCGAUUACGACGGGAUUGAAGUCGAUGCUACUGGAUGACCUGGCCUUGUGCCUGUCUUCACUGCAUAUCACGCAUGCCAGUUUCGUGCCGUCUCUCUUGGAUCAGACUGGCCUCGAUCCCGAGGAUGCGCCCGAUCUUGUCUUCCUUGGCGUAGGCGGCGAGAAGAUGUCUCCCAAGACGAAGAAGAAAUGGGGAUCAUUGGCAAAUGUGGGAUUGAUCAACGCCUACGGCCCAACCGAAGCCACCGUUGGGUGCUGCUCUGGCCGCCUGUAUCCCAACUCCGAUGCACGAGACAUCGGUAUGCCAUUAGGAGACUCGGUUGGCCACGUUCUGAUUCCCGGCACUGACAACUACGCUCUUCGUGGCAUGCCUGGUGAGCUUUGCUUCACUGGCAGUUUGAUUGCGAAUGGUUAUCUCAAUCGUCCAGACGCGAAGGGGUUCGUUGAAGAUUUCCGUGGUCAGCGCAUGUAUCGGACCGGCGAUAUUGUCAAACUAAGAGAUGAUGACCACAUUCUCUUCUUGGGGAGAAAGGACGAUCAAGUGAAGAUCCGGGGUCAACGUGUGGAGCUUGGUGAAGUUGCAGAAGGAGUUCGCGAAGCCUCUGACGAGCCAAUCGAUACUGCAGCUCUUGUCGUCAGACAUCCGGAGCUCUCUCGUGACCAGCUUGUUGCUUUCAUGGCGGCGUCUGGUGCCGUGAAGCGCAAGGGCGACGAGACCCCACCUCAAAUUGACGUGUCACAAGUACAAGGAGCCAACACGAAGCUGCGAGCCAACUGUCAAAAGUCUUUGCCAGUUUACAUGGUCCCUGACGUGAUUGUGCCACUCGAUUACAUACCUCUUGCUCCGACGUCUGGAAAGGUCGACACCAAGACUCUCGUCAAAACGAUCUCGGAGACACCAAUGAGCACUUUUGCUUCUGGUCACUGGAAGACAGGUCAGAAGUCUGCAGUCGCGCGAGAGUUGACUGAGUCCGAAGAGCGAGUGUGGGACAUCAUUGCCCCGGUGCUCAAAGACAAGCCAUCCUCGGUCACUCCAGCGACCACAAUAUUCGAGCUCGGAAUCGACAGCUUGUCAGCAAUCAGUGUAUUCUCGCGGCUCCGCAAAGCUGGAUAUGAGUGCAGCGUGGCGAUGGUGAUGAGAAAUCCGACCAUCGAGGCACUGGCACAAAGUUCGACCCGCGCUGCUGGCCAAGAUGUGGAGAAACACAGCUUAGUUCAGUCUCAGCUUGCAAAUCUCGAGCAGAGUCUACUGCACAGCAACGAGCUUGAAGUGGUGCGUGGUCACGUUGCAGCUAUUCGCCCCUGCCUACCGUUGCAGGAGGUGCUUCUUGGACAGAGCAUGCAUCAGAAUGCCGAUCAGGGCAAAGGCGGAGCAUACAUCAACCACAUGGCUUUGAAGAUUGAUAGCAGCAUGGACGUGAAGCGCCUGCAAAGUGCUUGGGAAACACUGAUUCGCGACAACGAGAUCCUCCGCACCUGUUUUCUGCACAAGGACGACUCGUUUUACCAAAUUAUACUCAAGUCUGAAGCAACCCGCACCAAUUGGAGAGAGAACGACUUCCCAUCGACCAGUUCUCUCCAAGCCAUUCAGCAUCAAGUCGAGGAAGAAAUAAUCCACAAUGCCUGGACGCAGCCGCCUUUGCAAGUCAACUACUUGCGCGACCACGACAAUACAUUGUUGAUAUCGAUCCAUCACGCUAUUUAUGACGGGCACAGCUUGUACCUGAUGUUUCAUGACUUGGAAGCCAUCUAUCACGACCAAGUCCGUGAGACUAGACUGUCAUCUCAACCGCUGGUCGAACACAUUGCGCAACAAAAUCAAGCACGAGCUCAGACCCACUGGUCGACACUCCUUCGCGAUUGGCGACAUGCCAAAUUACUCGGCGAUAAGGGCAGAAGCAACUCAACUCUACAGGAAGUACAGCGUGACUUCAAUGCAAAACUGUCCACCUUGGAGAAUCAGAUCGCAGGCUCCUUGAGCGUAACGCUGUCCAGCGUUCUCCAGCUUGCAUUUACAAUUGCUCUCUCACAGACGAUGCAGAGCACAGAUAUUAUUUUUGGCAAUGUUUUGUCUGGUCGCACAAUUUCACUGGAGAAUGCGGACAACAUCAUGGCGCCGUGCAUAGCGACUGUCCCCGCCCGUGUGACGUUCGCUAACGCACAGGGGCAACAGCUUAAAGACGUUCUGAGCACUCUCCAGAAAGACAAUUCUGCAUCCCUGGAAUUCCAACACGUGUCUCCAAGAGACAUCCAGCGCUGGUUGAAAGCAGACAGGCCACUUUACGAUUGCCUGUUUUCGUUCGCGCGCAAGCAGCAGGAGGCGAGCUCAACAGAGCAGAAUAGAAGCCUGUUUCCAGACGUGACGCAGAAUACCAUCACAGUCGACUACCCGCUUGCGAUCGAGUUCACUGCCAACAGUGAGAAGGACUCGCUUACUGUCGGUCUUGGUUACAUUGCAAAUGUAUUCCCCUCCGAGGAAGCUUCCCGCGACUUCCUUGAGAAAGUCGAGUUCUUGGUGGAAGCGAUUCUUUCGCGAAGCCACGAGCCGCUCUCAGCUUUUGGAGUGGCAACCACAUCCGAUUCCACCGGUGGCUCAGCACAAGAUGUACACUCCAUGGACAGCACCGAGGAAAGUGCCUACACCCCUCUCGAGCUCGAGCUGAAAACCCUUCUCGGUGAAUUCGCCAAAGUCGCAAAAGAUCAAAUUCGCAAGGACACGCCGUUCAUUCAUGUGGGCGUUGACUCCAUUUCUGCGAUCCGGUUUGCAAAGUUUCUGAGAACGAAAGGCUUCAAGAAGGUGUCCUCCGCCGACUUGAUCAGAAACAACCGCGUGCGCACAUUGGCGCAGUUCUUGGCAGCUCAAGCUGUAGAUGGAGAGCACCAGAGCCAGGAUGACAGGACCAGAGUCGACGAUGCAGCACAGGGACAGGAGCGACUGGUCAAGUCCACUCUCAUUGAGCAUGGCAUUCUCUCGUCUCUUGGCGACAACGACCUAUCAUCGGCCGAGAGCAGGGAGGACGCGAUCGAAAGCGUCUACGCAUGCACACCUCUCGUAUCUGGAAUGUUGACACAAAGUCUUGCUUCCGAUGGAGCAUAUUACAUGCAUCAUCACGCCUUCCGCUGCCACGCGGGUGUGGAAAUUGAACGUCUGAAGAAGGCUUGGGAUCUUUGUGUCGAGGACUGCGACGUGCUCCGUACAACAUUCCAUUGGCUUCCAGAGCUUCGCGAUGCGGGCAGCCCGUGGGUAGGCGUCGUCCACAAAAAUGACAAAGGGAACGUGAAGAAACCAGAUUGGAGGCAAGUCGAAGUCGAGAACGCUCAUCAGUAUUGGUUGUCGCUGUCGUCUGAGAAAUCAGACUUCUCUCGUCGAAUCGAGAGUGGCGAGCCUUUGGCGGGCGUGACAGUUGUGCAAGAGAGCCUUUCUGACGACAACAACGCGAAUGCGAAGCGUUCACCGGUCAUCAUUCUCACUCUGCACCACGCGAUAUAUGACGGUAUCAGCAUUGGCAUGCUCUUUCGACAGCUGGCCGCACGGUAUAUUGGGAACCAGAUGCCGCCAUCCAUUACGCCCUACUACAAAGCCGCUCAAGCCAUUGCCCGAGUCGCAAAGCCAGCAGUCAAAUUCUGGGUCGAGCAAGUGAGAGGAUAUGAGGGCGCGCCAAUCAUCGAUGAUUCGGCAUCAAGCGAGUUCCAUCUUGCAGAGCGAACAAUCACUGCCGAGCCACGAUCGUUGGAGUUGGCAUCUUUGGGAGACGACAUUUCUCUCAAGGACGUGCUAGUGGCAGCAUUUGCCAAAGCACUAGCAUGCCUGCAUGGACGACGUGACGUCGCAUUUGGACAUGUCAUGGCGGCGAGGACCGGCGUCGAAGUCCAUGAGGAAGAUGGAUCAGGCGACACCGAAAUUGUUGGUCCAAUGUUCAAUACCGUUCCCUUCCGCGUGUCGAUGAAAGACUCCCUACAGAGCAACCAGGAGCUCGUCCAAGCUGUACGCGAUGUGAACACCGGCUCUCUAGAGUAUCAACACGCAUCUCUAGCGGAAAUACAGAAGAGCUGGAGGAGCGAUGACAACAGCAACAUAGAUCCAAGUGCUGCACUGAUCGACAGUCUGUUCGUGUACACCAAAGUGGACGGGAGCGCUGAUGGACCUAGUUUGCUCACCUUGGGCAAGCCGCUCGAAUCGGACACAGCUCCAGUGCCUUCAGAAUACCGCUUGAACUUUGAAGUCGAGCACCUUCCUGAGGGCGUAACAGCACGAGCACAUGCCUCCAUCCCCAAAGCAGAGCUCGAAACAUUGCUCGAUCAUUUCCAAUCCGCGGUGCAAGAUAUUCUUCAGAAGCCUGAGCGAUACGCAACGGCAUAUCCAGAACAGUUGCGAAGCCUGCCGCUCAAGCUUCAAUCAACUGCUUCAAAGAGCGUUGGCUUGGUGUCCUUUGAUAAGCUUGCCAUUGAGCAAUACGCAGACACGAUCCGCAAAGCUAUGGCGGAAGUCGCUCAAGUCUCGCCUGAAAGCAUCACGCUCGAAGCAAGCAUCUACUCUUUUGGCAUCGAUUCGAUCGCAGGCAUACAGAUCGCAUCCCGAUGUCGCAAGGCCGGUCUUCGAGUCAGCGUUGCGGACAUUCUCAGCGGUGGUACACUGGGGCGAGUCUGCGAGAUAGUGGCUAGCGAGCUUGACAAAGCCACCGACAGCUCGAAAGCAAUGAGUUCUGCUGAGCUCGUCUCCAGCGAGCAGACCCAGGCCGUUUUGACCCAUCUGGCAAUCGACUCAACCGACAUCGAAGAAGUACUGCCGCUGCUACCUGGUCAAGAGUAUCAUCUUCAAAGCUGGCUGCAAUCAGGAAGAACGCUAUACGAGCCAGGCUGGACUUUCUACUCGCGGACUCGUCUUGACGCAGACAAACUGCGCGACUCGUGGAACAGGUUGAGGCAAAGCAACUCUGUCCUGAGAACCACUUUUGCAGCGAUUGCAGAUAAGACCGUUUUGCAAGUUGUGCUGCGAGAUGGUGCCAUCAAAGUUGACGGAUUCGUAGAGGUCAAGAGCGACAAGAGCAUGGUCGAAAUCGUCAAGGAAACGGCACAUGCAGAAGCCCGCGCUCCAUCAGAUCUCUUCUCGCCUCCCAUUCGACUUCGUCUUGUCAAAGCAGCAGAUGGAGAUGCGGUCAUGCUUUAUGUGCAUCAUGCUCUCUACGAUGCAUGGAGCAUGCCGCGGCUGAUCACAGAGCUUGCGAAUAUCUACCAGGGCGGUGAGCCAGACUCUGCACCUUCCUUCUCCGCACUGGUUCGCCACACGAUACAAUCCCGUGAUCCAGAUGCAGAGAAGACAUUCUGGCGACAGACUCUCACUGGAUCAGAGAAGGCAAUCAUUCCAUCGGCCUCCAAGACGAGAGACGACCAGGACCGCAGCCAGAGCUUCUGCAUGAUCGAAAGCACGACGGCUCUUCUUGCCGACAUCGAGCAGGUCUGCGCCAGCCAUAGCAUCUCACCACAGCAUGUCAUGCUCGUUGCGUUUGCUCGCGCCCUUGCCAACGUCACUGCGACCUCCAGCCCCAUGUUUGGUUUCUUCCAGCUCGGUCGCAGCACUGCAUUCGAUGGCAUCGAGCACGUACUAGGACCAAUGGUGAACACGCUUCCAUGGUGUGUGCCAGAAGUGCUCAAACGGGAUGUGCUCGACAGUAUCCGAAAGAUUCAGCAAAUGCUCAGCGCACGUGUCGCCUACGAGCAGAGUAGCUUGCGCACUGCUGUACAAGCCGCAGAUCCAGGUGCAACUCAACUUCCGUUCAAUGCGUACUUGAACGUCUUAUGGAACAAGAAUAUCCUCAUCGGAUCUGGGUCUGCGAACGAAGAAGACAACCUCUUCCAGCCUCUUGCGUUGGGUGUCCCGACCGACUACUCUUCGCCGCAGGCUCUACCAGGACGCACAGCAGUAGACGCACUCGAUACGAACUUUUUGCAGUCGCAUCAGGUUUUCGUCGAUGUCGGACCGGGAGAGAAGGGAAUUGUGUUCGGAGUGAGAGCAGAUGCAGCGUUGAUGAGUGUCGAAGGAAUUCGUGGCUUUGUUGGAAGUAUUGAGCAAGAAAUCGUUGCUUGUGUGGCCGCAUUGCGAAAGUAGAAUUUGCGCCGCACUGUAGCAAUGGGUGGACUGAAGCAUUUCUGAAGGCGCCGGUGGUGUUUUAGAUCCUUAUCAUCGAUACCUACUAUAUCCAUGUUUUAGCACAUUUAUCUGAUUGAGAUUCCACGC